GGGCUGAUUGUUUUAUUUUUGAGUUUGCUGUGGAAUCUCCUGCAGGUUGGUGAUUUUUAACUCGAGUUUCUUUAUGGGGUGUCGGUUCGGUUGCCGUCUCCCCUGAUCCUUUGCUGCAGUUGGUGAGGACAAGUGUUAGCUUUGACCUGUUUAGCCAGGCCACCAUGAUCCUGCAACGCUUGUUCCAGUUUUCCACCAUCCUGCGAUCUUCCCUUUCUGUUGUGCUCCGGCAAAACAUCGGGUUCACGGCAGUGGCGUUUAACAAGGCCAAGAGCCUCGACCCAGUCCAAAAACUCUUUAUAGAUAAGAUCCAUGACUAUGACACUAAGAGCAAGAAAAUGGGUGGUCCUGUUGAUGCUGGUCCAGAAUACCAGAAAAAUAUGGAUGAGGAGAUUGCCAAACUGCAACGGCUCUAUGGGGGAGGAGACCUCAACAAAUUCCCAGAUUUUAAAUUUGAGGAACCGAGAUUUGAUGAAGUCAGCAAGUGAUUAGGAUCUUCAGAAAGGAAGGGACUGUCUGUGCUUCGUUCAUGUUUCCUGGGACUGUAAAGUUGUAAUUUAAUAAAUUCCAUUGGAUUAAA